AUAAAUUAAAAAAAAAGAAAAACCAGUGGCUCAUUUUUUAGCUCUUUUUUUGGUUGAGAUUCUCUGGACAUGGAGGACCAAAACCACUACUCGGCGACCAGCUGCAACACCCUCAGAUCUAAUUUUCCCACAAAUGUUCUGGCCAAGGUGAAGGAGAACCUUGCUUUCCGAAGCUCGAAAUGGUCGGAACUGAAUGGAGCCAUGGGAGACUUGGGAACAUACAUUCCUAUAGUUAUGGCCUUGACACUAGCCAAGGACCUUAACCUUGGUGUAACGCUUCUCUUCACUGGUAUCUACAACAUUAUCACAGGUGCCAUCUAUGGCGUUCCUAUGCCAGUUCAACCCAUGAAGUCCAUCGCGGCUGUUGCAAUUUCCGAUGGUCCAGAGUUUGGUAUCCCGGAGGUCAUGGCUGCCGGAAUUUGCACAUCGGCGGUACUCUUCUUAUUGGGAAUCACGGGGUUGAUGGGACUCGUGUACAAGCUCAUCCCCUUGCCUGUUGUUCGAGGAAUUCAGCUCUCACAGGGUCUGUCGUUUGCCUUCACUGCAGUAAAGUAUAUUCGAAACGUUCAACAACUUUCCAAGGGGAAGUCUGCUGGGAAUAGACCCUGGUUCGGAUUAGAUGGCCUGGUUUUGGCUCUUGUCUGUGCUUGCUUUAUUGUGAUUGUUAGUGGUGCAGGUGAGGACAAGGAAGAAGAUGAAGUUGGAGGCGAGUUGCCUGGUGAAUCAAGGCCACCAGCUCCAAGGAGACGGUUUUGGAGAGCUCUGGUGUCUCUACCCUCAGCCAUGAUUGUUUUUCUGUUGGGUGUGGUCUUGGCCAUCAUAAGGAGGCCUAGAGUGCUGAAGGAGAUUGGCUUGGGGCCUUCUGGUAUACAUGUGGUGAAGAUGUCUAGGCAUGCCUGGAAGCAAGGAUUCAUCAAGGGCACAGUCCCUCAAUUACCACUUUCGGUGCUGAAUUCGGUAAUCGCAGUUUGUAAGAUGUCGUCGGAUCUUUUUCCGGGGAAGGACUUCUCGGCGACUUCAGUGUCGGUAAGUGUGGGGUUGAUGAACUUGGUGGGGUGCUGGUUCGGGGCCAUGCCGUGCUGCCAUGGCGCGGGAGGACUCGCGGGGCAGUAUAAGUUUGGCGGAAGGAGCGGAGGGUGCGUGGCGAUUCUGGGGGCGGCCAAGUUGGUGUUGGGUCUCGCGCUGGGGACCUCUUUGGUGAAGGUGUUGGCUCAGUUUCCUGUGGGCUUGCUGGGGGUUCUGCUUCUGUUUGCUGGGAUUGAGCUGGCCAUGGCUUCCAGGGACAUGGAUUCUAAGGAGGAGUCAUUCGUGAUGCUUGUGUGCACCUCGGUUUCACUGGUUGGAUCUAGUGCAGCGCUUGGGUUUGUGUGCGGGAUUGUGGCGUAUGUGCUUCUCUGUCUGAGAAAAGUGACCAAAGAUCCUUCACAGAUAAGGGCAUGGAUGCAUGCAACGCCUUGACAGAGACAAUUGAAUUUCUUUUGAGAUUCAGCUCUGCAUGUGUAUGUACAAUUCUGGAGCCUGAGUUUGGAUCUAAUUAAUAUAGGGCUAUAACAAUUAUCAAUCACUUCUGAACUCAACAUGCUGUAAUACAUUUGAAUCUCAGUAAAGGGCUUCAGUGUCAGAGUUCAAUCACUGUUGAUCAACUCAGUAAGUUUUGAAAGAGUGUAUGAUAUGUAGUUUGUCCUUCAAAAUAUGUUGUUUCUUCUCUUUUUAGUUUGGUAUUUAUAAACCUGUACAUAUUUGCAGUUUGGGAAAAUGGGAAGAGUUUAAAUGCAAA